AGAUGCCAUUGCAUUUUUCUGUUUGGAAUACCAAACUGACAGAAAUUAUUGACUUGUACGAAGUCACUGUGUAAGGUGCAAUUAAAACUGUUACGUAGAAAUGAGAGGAAUUGUCAGAAUAUUAUUAUUAUAAUUAGUAUAAAAUGGGAUGCCCGCUGCACAAAAAAGUUCACACUCCACACCUCACAUCUCAGCAUUAUUGCUCAGUGAGAAAAGAGAGAAACCGCGUUUUAAGAGGAUUCUGCUCUGUCUCCAUGCGCCAUGUGAUUGGUUCUUCCUCUGGCAUUUAACACUCCCUUCCCCUCUUAAUUCCAUUGCUUCACUUUUGUUAUAAUCCCUCUCUCUCUUCACUACAACUCACCAAUUCCUUCAUCAUUAAGUAGCAUCAUCGUCUACCUAUUGCAGCCCAGGUUUUAUUUAUAGAUCUUCAAUUCAGUAUUACCUCGACUUUGUCGCAAAUGGCUCCACCAAUGUACUUGGGUUGCAGAAGGGUGGCUCUGUUCUGCGUUAUUUCUUUUCUCUCUGUUUCUGUUUGUUUCAGUGACUGCUCAGAGUCGCAAUUUCAGAGCAAAGAGUUUGCCGGGGGAAGGAGAAUGUUGGAGGCACAAAAUGAAGAGCCGGCCCUGAAAAAGACCAAGCCAAUCAAGCCUAGUCUUUCUCUCAAGAAUCAGACCAAGACCAUCAAAUCCAACCUGUCCUCCAAAAAUCAGACCAAGCUUGCCAAAGUCAGUUCCGAUUCAUCGUCUAAAACCACACCCACCAUCCUCGCCGACACUGCGGUGAAGAAGCUGAAUUCCACCACCAAGAGCAAGAAGCUGAAUUCCACAUCAAAAGGCUCCAGCAAAUCAACCUCAAUUUCCAGCGAAAAAUCCUCGAGUCUCCUGAAAGAAGGCGGUGCCAAGAACAAAACGACAAAAUCCGCCGCCGCCAAGGAAACCAAGGUUAAAGCAGAUCAAAAGGUAGAGCUCGAAUCUGAGAAGCCGACUAAGAAUAAGAACGCAGAGAAGAAGUCCGGACAACAGAAAGCCAAGAAACAAACGCCGCCGAGUUGGAUCCAGCAAGACGACGACGAUGAUUUCGUUUCAGAGUUGAAAGAUCUGCCGACCAGAUUUCAGCAGACGAUAAUUCCAGACCUCACAAAAAUCUCAAGCACCUCGAGAGUUUACAUUAGCAAAGCCAAUAAGGAAAUCACGAAAGGGUUCAAACCCUACGUCGGCAACAAAUACGCACCCACCAUCGCCCCCGUACUCUCUUGCGCCUUCCUACUGAUCCCUCUGGUUUUAGUCUCUCUCAUUUUCAAUCGAAUCAAAGCUUACUUUUCUCUCCAGAGACUCCUAAUCUUCAUCCAAGUCUAUCUCUCCAUCUAUUUCUCCAUUCUCUGUUUCGUCUCGCUGAUCACAGCGCUUGAGCCCCUCAAGUUUCUACACGCUACUUCGCAGUCCACAUACGUCUGCCUCCAGGUGCUGCAAACUCUGGGUUACGUAUUGUACCUCCUACUGCUUCUGAUGUAUCUGAUCCUAGUCUUCUCAACGGAUUGCGGGCCGGGUUCGAAAUUUGUAGGCCUGACCCAGACAUUCGUGGGUUUCGCCGUCGGGUUGCACUACUAUGUGACGGUGUUUCACAGGGUGGUGCUGAAGCAACCGCCGAAGACGAAUUGGAAGAUUCACGGCAUAUACGCCACGUGUUUUCUGAUGAGCUGCGUCAUUGCUAGGGCGGAUAGAAGGAAGAAGGCUUACAUGGAGGAUGGUGGCGAAGAAGGCAAGAAGAAUUAAAUUUAAUUAAAAUUACAAUUAAAAACUUCAUUUAUGAGAGAAAUUAUAUAUGGUUCUUCAUGUAAUGCCGCAAGUAAAUUGGCAGGAACCAUGGAAUGACGAUAGGCACUGUUUGAUUUUCUUCUUUAUUCGGCGAAAUGCCCUUUGAGAUCACUCCAUCUUUUGCUUUACAAUUGAAGUAUAUGUAUAAAUAAAUACUUUUUUUUUUUAAUUUUU